AUGGAUACCCCGAUGGAUAUUCGACAGAGCCUCGCGGAGGCAUUCGCCAAGAAUCAGAACACCCAGCGCCUCAGCCACUUCUUCCAGACAUGCGAGUACCCAGUCGUUUUGGAGAAAGCGCUGCAGGUGGCCGGCGACACUCAGCCGUCGGCCCUCGCGUUCAUGUCGAUAAUGGAAGACAUGCUGAAGGUUAAGGAGAUGAAGGAGGAGGAGAUGAAGCAGCACAUGGGCCAGCUCAACGAGAGGAUCGGCAAUCAGAAGGAGACGAUCGAGAACAUGCAGAGGGAGGGGAACGCAGUGGCGGAGAGAGCCGACCGCUUGGCGGCCGAGAACGUCGGUCUUAUCGACGAGCUCCAGCAGACGACCGAGAAAUACAGAGGCCUGCAGGAACGCGUUCGCCUGCGCGCCGCCGACACCGAGGAUGACACGACCUGGAAGGACAUCAGCCUGCCCCACCCCGCGACGUUCAACGGCGAGGAGACCAACACGUCGAAAAGAACAGUCCAGUUUAACACCUGGAGUAACUCGAUCACCACGAGGUGGUACAUGCGCUCCAAUGAGUUCAAGACAGAGCUCCAGAAAAUCCUGUACGCCAAGUCAAUGCUGUCUGGCAUGGCUUACGCCUCAGUCAUGAACGGCGUGACGAACGUCCUGAGGAACCCGACCGACGACACCACCUGGCAGUGGAAAACAGGCCAGGACUUCAUCACAGCCCUGUCGAAGAAGUAUGCAACGCAUGACAUUGUUGCCGACGCAGAGAACAAGCUCACCGACCUUGUUCAGAAAGACAAGUACGUCGUAUUCUCGGAUUUCCUUACCGAGUUCGCAAACCUCACCGACAUCUGCGAGUGGGAUGAGGCCACCAAGGUUCGGGAGUUUAAAAAUAAGCUUUCGCAACGCCUCCGCGACGCGCUUGUCGUCCAAGUUAACCAGCCGCAACGUGAUGACUGGGCUGGCUGGGUGGAGCUGGCACAGAAGCUCGCCGUCAAUUUGGAGGGCGAGGCAUAUCGUCGUAAGCUCCAAGGCUACGGCAGCGGCGGCAAUGGCAACGACGACCGCGGCGCCAAGAAGGACAAGGGCCCCGAUGCCAUGGACGUCGAUGGUAUGAAGGUCUAUGGGAUGACUGAGCAGGAGAAGAGACGCCGGAUCUCGCAGGGUCUCUGCUUCCGAUGCGGCCAACACGGUCACAUCUCGUCCAGAUGCCCCAGCAAGGGCGACAACAACAGCCGUGGCGGCGGCAACAACGGCGGCAACGGCGGCGGCCGCGGUGGUAACCAACAGGGCCGAGGCAAUUACCAGGGCGGCAAUUAUCAAGGCGGCAACGAUGGUUACCAAUGUUACGACAACGGUGGCUACAACGGCGGCUACCAGGCCAACAACCAGCAAAGCUACGCCAACCAGAACCAAGGCCAAUACAAUCAGGGCCAGGGCCAGAACCGCGCCGACGGCAACCGCGGCGGUGGUUACGGCGGGAACCAGCAGCGCCCCCGCGGCGGCGGCGCACGCGUGCGUUUCAUGGACCAAGAGCUCGCCAACCGGAGACAGUACCAAGACGUCUCGACCCCGGGCUUCGUGGUGGGCGAGGUCCCCGACAACACCAACACCGAUUACUCGGCUUGUGCGCUGGGGAGCAGUGACAAAUCGAUUCUACUUUCUUCCUAUUUGGUAACAGACGAGCGCAAGAUUGAAUGUGUGGCCUUGGUCGAUUCAGGAUGUACGGGUAUGGGGUUCGUGGACUUCGCUUUCGCAACACGCAACCGACUGCCCAUGACCAGACUGAGGAGGAAGAAACCUCUCUACCUGGCGAACGGCGAGCUGUCGACAUGGAUUGAGUUCGACACGAUGCUUCAACUGUGGGUGGGCGAUCAUCGGGAGACCAUCAGUCUGUUCGUCACGACGCUGGCGCAGGAUAAUCCAGUUAUCCUGGGUUUUCCAUGGCUCGCAAAGCACGACCCGCAGAUCCAUUGGAGCACCCUGCAGCUGGACUUCGCAAACUGCGGGGAGCAGUGCUUCGGGAGGCGCCGUUUCCAUACAACAGUGGAGGACGCCGAGGAAGAUGGGGACGACACGGUGGUCGAAGACACCAGGACCAUCGACGAAAUCGCGCCCGAAGACAUCACGACCGAUGAUGACAAGGCGCCCGAGGCGCUGGCGAGCGCCAAAGGCAACGCCAAGAGACGUCGCAUCCGCCAGUGGAGGAGAGUGCUGGCUCGCAGGGAGGCGAUCGGUCCGAGCGGUCCACGAUGGACGUUCGCCCCUCCGGAAUACAGAGCGAUACUGAUCGACAACCGCACGCCAAAGUCGCCGCAGCCGAUCGAUGUGCGGGCGGGGAGUAGAAGACCACCCGCGAAACCGCAGCGAUCGCGCCCGACAGCCGCACCGCCACCGCGCGGGAAGGUCGACUGGGAGGACCUCAGCCUGUUGGGCGCGCCGAACUUCCUGAUGCUGUGCGGGCAACAGGGCGUUACGGUGAUGCGGACAUCGAUGGCCGAGCUGGAGCGAGCAGUGGAACAGGAACCGAACAUCCAUCUGCCAGCGCUACCAGAGGCGUUCUUCAAGGAUGUCCUCAGCGGUGCGUGCACGCCAGAGCAGGCGAAGGCAACGCUGCCAGCGGAAUUCCACGACUUUGUCGACGCGUUGAACGACGACGAAGCACUCAAGAAGAUCACAGAAGAAGACACACGCAAGUUUUUCGACAAGUCGAACCAACAGUCGCUGUCGCUGGAGGAGGUCAGACAGCGACUGCCAGCAACGUUCCAGGACCUGGCAGAGGCGUUCCUCGCGCGUGACGCAGACGUGUUACCCCCGCAUCGCUCAUACGACCACAGAAUUGAGCUAAUUCCAGGGAACAAAGUCCCAUAUUCGAAGAACCGGCCACUGUCACCCAUGGAGCUACGCGUCCUCAAGAGGUGGUUGGAUGACAACCUGGCGAAGGGCUUCAUUCGGCCGUCAAAGUCAUCCGCGGCAUCGCCGAUCUUGCUGGCACAGAAGCCAGGAGGCGGCAUCAGAAUUUGCGUCGACUACCGGGGUAUCAACAACCAUUCAACCGCGUGCGGGUGGCAGGAAGGAUGCGAGUGGCUGACGGCGUUCAUCACGAGGUUCGGCCUGUACGAGUCGCUGGUAACCCCUUUCGGGCUGCAAGGCGCGCCAGCGACGUUCCAGAACUACGUAAACGACACCCUGUACGAUAUACUGGAUGACUACGCCACCGCGUACCUCGACGACAUCGUGAUCUACUCGGGAACCCUGGAAGAGCAUACCAAGCAUGUACGGGAGGUGCUCAAACGGCUGAUUGACGCGGGCCUGCAGAUCGACAUCUCCAAGUGCGAGUUCUACACGAAAAAGACGAGAUACCUGGGCUUGAUCAUCACGCCAGGAGGCAUCGAAAUGGACCCAGAGAAGGUGAAAGCAGUCGCGGAAUGGGAUGCGCCCACCACGCGGAGGCAACUACAGCGGUUCCUCGGCUUCGCCAACUUCUACCGACGGUUCAUCCGCAAUUUCGCCGGCGAGGCGAAGCCAUUGUACGAGCUCACGAAACGAACCGUCGAUUGGAACUGGACGCCGCAAUGCGAAGAAGCGUUCCAGCGGCUGAAGCGAUGCUUCGUCACAGCGCCCGCGUUACGAAUUUACGACUGGGAGAAGCCAGCAGUGGUGGAAGUUGACGCAUCCGACUGGUCCGCGGGCGGCACGCUGUUGCAAGAAGGCGACGAUGGCGAGCUGUACCCCGUGGCGUAUUUCUCAGCGAAGCACUCGGCGGCCGAGUGCAAUUACGACAUCUACGACAAGGAGCUCUUGGCGGUUAUAAAGGCUCUGGAGGAGUGGCGCCCCGAGCUCGAGGGCGCCUCGCAGACGUUCAAAAUCAUCACUGACCACAAGAACCUCCAGACCUUCACUACGACCAAGCAGCUGUCACCACGCCACAUGCGCUGGUCAGAGUUCCUCUCGCGAUUCAAUUUCCAGAUCGUUUACCGACCGGGCACGGCCAACGCCAGAGCCGACGCGCUAAGCAGGAAGCCAGAGGAUAUGCCAAAGGAUGUCAAAGAUGACAGGCUGAAGAACAGAAAACGACCCCUGAUCAAACUGGAGAACUUCGACCCCGAGACGUUUGACGACCUCAAGCUGCUUACCCUCGAUACGUCGCGCCACGUUGACGAUGUCAUCGCCGAUAGCUACUCGAAGUCGUCAUUUAUGACGAAGGUGGUGGACACGCUGCGCCAACGCGUGGCACGGGCAUGGCCAACAGAGGUCAAGCAGCGUUUGAGGAUACCAUUUGCGGAGUGCCGGCUGGUGGGAGACCGAGUGUAUUACCGCGACAGGCUGAUGGUCGACCCCGACGACGCCGAACUACAUCUCCAACUCAUCCACCGCAUGCACGCAUCUGCGCCCGGCGGCCACCCCGGAAGAACGAAGACGAUAGAUCUGAUGAGCCGCGCCUACUGGUGGCCCGGAAUGACCGUGGCGACGAGGGCAUUCACCGACGCCUGCAAGCUUUGCGACACCACGAAGACCCCGAGGACGAAGCCGGCAGGGUUCCUCAAGCCCCUGCCAUUACCGCUGGCGCCGUGGCGGGACAUCUCAGUAGAUUAUAUCACGCCACUGCCCGCCUGCGUGAGGCACGGGAAGGAGUACAAGCAUGUCGUGGUGGUGGUGGACCGGCUCACGAAGAUGCGACACUUUAUCGCGACGGUUACGCUGGAGGCCGACGAGCUGGCGGAACGCUUUAUCGAGAAGGUCUACUCGCUCCACGGUCUACCAGAGACGAUCGUGUCGGACAGGGGCACUCAGUUCGUGUCAGCGUUCUGGAGAGCGCUGUCGGCACGGCUGGCCGUCACGCUGAGGCCGUCGUCCGCGUUCCACCCGCAAACGAAUGGCCAAACAGAGCGCAUCAACGCGGAAUUGGAACAGUAUUUGAGGCUGUACAUCGACUGGGCGCAGGAUGACUGGGUAGACUGGCUGCCGCUGGCAGAGUUCGCGGGCAAUAACAUGAUCUCGGAGACGACGGGCGUGUCACCUUUCUUCGCGAACUACGGCUUCAACCCGCGAAUGGGAGUCGAGCCGACCAAGCCACCCCCCCCCAACAUCUCAGAGUCGCAACGCAGGGAGUUUUUUCGCGCGUCAGAGAUCGCCGACCGAUUCAAGGCUAUACUGGACAUGGUGACGGCGUUGGCGCGGCAGGCGCAGAACCGUUACGAAGAGAACGCCAACCGCCACCGAGAGGAUGCGCCACGAUACCGCGUCGGCGACAAGGUUUUCCUCGACAUGCAGAACUACGAGACCGGAAGACCAAUGGCGAAGCUCGCCCCCCGUUUUGAAGGGCCAUUCGAGGUCACGAAGGCAUCGUCACACGCGGUGACGCUCAAACUACCCGCGAAUAUGAAGAUUUUCCCGACCUUUCACGUGUCACGCGUACGGCCGCAUCGGAAGGAGGGCAAGGAGGGCUUGCCGGGACAAGAGGAGGCAGAGGGCCACGUGAGGGCCAACGAGGGUCGUGUGGUCACGCGCACCGACGAGGGCGACGACGUCGUGGAGUGGAGGUUCGAGCGCAUUCUGGAUUACGGCAAGGCAAGCAAUGGAAGAUGGCAAUACUUCGUCAAAUGGCUCGGCCACGAUCAACCGACAUGGCAACCAGCGACUGACUUGCGAGGCUGCGACGACCAGAUAUGGGAGUUCCACGAUGCCCAUCCAGAGCUCCCGGGGCCACCGCAAUGGGUGCCAAAGAAGGGCAAGGAGAAGGAGACGGAGGAUACGGCGAAGCGCGGAGCUGGCGCUGGCGCAAGCAGGACAACCAGGGCAAGCGCGAGGGCGCGAGAGGGUCUGAGUAGUUGA